GUUGAGAACCAAACAAAACAGAACACGAGGGAAAUAGAGGAAGUGACGUAGCGCAUGGAACCAAGCACAAACAACAGCUUCAGGCCUAGCUUCUUUUGACUCUUGGUGGACAAUUCUGUCGAAGGCUUAUCACAAGCAGAAUGGCCACGGACUGGUUGGGCAGCGUUGUGUCGAUAAACUGUGGGGUGAUGCUGGGAAUAUAUCAAGGAGAAGUGUCAUCUGUUGACCAUGCCAGUCAGACCAUUUCACUGAAACAGCCCUACCGUAAUGGAGUGAGGUGUCCUGUUCCUGAGGUCACAUUCAGUGCCAUGGAUAUAAAGGAAUUGAAGUUCUUAGACAUCCAGAACACGGUCAACAAGACCAGCACCGAGCAGGGAUGCACUCCAGAAACCAGCGUCAUUUCAUCCGGCCACCCCAUGCCAAGUAACAAAGCAACUAAUGCAACCAAUGAGAGUUCUCGAUCCAGCACAACUCAAAUCACUAUCCUACGCAGAGCACAGACAGGUUCAUCCAACAGCAGAGGGGCAACUCAUAGCACGCAAAGGAGAAGCGGGGUUCGUAAUGGAUUUGCUGGAGGCUCCGUGAGGUCAAAGGAUGACGAAUGCUUUGGUGAAGGGACCGAUGAAGGGCUGGACACCGACUUUGACUUUGAGGCAAACCUGGCUUUGUUUGACAAAGCAGCCGUUUUCUCCAAGAUCGACGGGAUCAGAGGCCACAAGGCACAGCAUCACAGCACGCAGACUGAACAGAAGCCCCAGUCCUACCGGCAUGAUGAGAAUAUUCUGGAGAGGAAGCCUGUAAUAUACAGACAGAUCACAGUGCCUCAGCACGGGGGAAAGGAGUACUGUACAGACUCGGGCCUAGUCGUUCCCAGCAUUCCCUAUGAGCUCCACAAGCGUCUGCUUGGGGCCGCGGAGCGUUGGGGCCUGACUGUUGAGCGCAGACUGGAGACCAUUGGCGUCUGUUCCAGUCAGAUGGCUUUGUCGUUGCUUGGAGGACCAAACAGACUGACUCCGAAAAACGUCCAUCAGAGGCCAACGGUUGUCCUUCUGUGUGGCCCCCACAUUCAAGGAGCCCAGGGAGUCAGUUGCGGUAGACAUCUAGCCAACCAUGAAGUGGAGGUUAUUUUGUUCCUGCCAAACUUUGUGAAAAUGCAGGAGUCGAUCUCCAGCGAGGUCAGCCUCUACAGCAGAACAAGCGGUCUGCAGGUGUCCAGCAUCAAAGAACUCCCCGCGAGUCCGGUCGAUUUGGUCAUCCACUGUCUGGACAGCCACGAGAACCCACUGAUGAGGGAACAGUCCUGGUACCAGUCAGCCGCUGACUGGGCCAACAGGAACCGGGCUCCAGUCCUCAGCAUUGAUCCCACCACCAACGAAGGGCCCCAGGCUGUGGAGGCAAAGUGGGCCCUGUCCCUCGGACUUCCUCUGCCUUUGGCAGAGAGGGAAAGCCGGCUCUACCUGUGCGAUGUCGGCAUUCCCAAACUGGUCUUCCAAGAAGUUGGAAUCAGUUACCACUCGCCGUUUGGAUGUAAAUUUGUCAUCCCUCUUCACCCAGCAUAGUGAAGCAACAUACGUGUGCAGGAGACUCUACAUUUGUAACUGUUUUUUUUUUUUUUGUGAAGAUUUUUGACAAAAUGUAUAGAACUGAAGGGUGCACAAGUUCCACAGUAAUCCUCAGCAGUCGCCACUUGUUACUCUUGUCUUUUGAGAAGAAAACAUUUCUCCAUGUGUUUUGACAGGGGCUCAUUGCUGAUGUGAAUAUGUUUACAAAAAGCCGACCACUUAGCCUGUUUUACUUCUGACUCGUAUCGUUGGACCAAGCAACAGCAGAACAGUUCCUGUUUUAGAUUCCGGCUGGAGCCAGGUCCUGACCCAGCCUGAAGAUGGCUUCGAGACUCCACUCUCCUUCCUCUUCCAAUGCUGACUGUUGCAAAAACAACUCUUUUGAUUCACCUCAGAAAGGUGCUAUCUGUCCAUAGCGGUUGUAGUGUUUGUAAAAAUCAUACAGUAUUUAUAUUUGUAUUUAUUUUUGGAAUAUCUCUCAGGAAUGCAACGUGAAAAAAAAAAGUUUUAUUUACAUGUGUUUUGAGUUUAAAAUGAAACCAAAUUUAGAACCAGAAAGCUUUGAUGUUACUGUUGUUCAAGAGACAAAGCAUCACUUUGUAGCAUCAUAAAGUUUAAAGGAUUAUUGAUGUUUACAAGUUUUUAUUUUUAUUUUAGACACUUCAUAAGGCGGCUCCUUGUUUAAAAACCACACGAUUUCUGUGCUUUUUUUUAUGUUUGGUCUUUGAUCCAGUAAAAUAUGAAUGUACUAGUCACUCAUUAUUCUUGAAAUACACACAAAUGGAUGUAUUUGUGACCAGAACUAAUCUGCAGGCCAUACAGAUAGUAUUUCAGAAGGCUGAUUCACAACUGCUGGAGAUUAAACACUAACUUCUGUUUUA